AAAAAAAGAAGCAUUCGAGGGGAGAGAGAGAGAGAAGCAGAGCGAGGGAGUGCAAGAGAAAAGUUAGCUGAGCUCCCACAAAUCACUUUGUCACCAGCAAGCUCUGACAAGCACCAGGAGAGAGGGAGAGAGACAGGGAGUUAAAUAGAGGUGCGAAUAGUGAGUUGUGUCAGAAGAGACUCAAGAGGGAAGGUGUGAAGGAGCUGCAGAGGUCAUAAACGAGGUGAUACAGAUGGAUGGAUAGAGGGAAGAGAGGACAGAGACAAGACUACAAUCCGAUUCUCAAAACACUAAGAGGGACUGUUGCUCCUGCUGCUGCUGUCGUUACUGCUGCUGUGUCUGGAUGGUACGCUCAUUUAAAGAGGGUCUGGGACGUCAUUGUGUUACCUGUGUGGCUGAGUCAGAGGCUGGCUCAUCACUCGACGUCUGUCUGCCCACUGGGAUUUUCUCCAGCUGCUUCUAUGUGAAGAAGACACAAGUGCUAGGUGGUUUUCACAGCAGCAGCAGCAGCAGCAGCAACUGCACUGGCACAAGUAGUCCUGAAUUUUGAGGACUCUCCACACUGCUUUAAUUGUUCUGCUGUGUGUAAACACCUUGCGUCACUCACACCUAUCCACGGAGUGAUUCACUGUUCCCUAAGCAUCCCCGGUCAGAGUCAGGCAGUGAAAGAAAAGGUGAGAGAGGAUUUGCUGAGAACCAAAGCGCAUAAGUGGUUGCAAACAGUCAGGUUGGCACCAUGAAGCUGGCGUUCUUGAUACUCAUGGUUGUGUACACAGUGGGCAACGUAAGUGGUAUGUCUACGUGUAAGACGCUGGACCUGGAGAUGGUGAAGAAAAAGCGCAUCGAGGCCAUUAGGAGCCAGAUCCUCAGCAAACUGCGUUUGCCAAAAGAGCCUGAGCCGGAUCAGACGGGAGACGAGGAGGAAAUCCCCAACACCCUGCUGUCCCUCUACAACAGCACCAAGGAGAUGCUGAGGGAGCAGCAGACCGAGGUCCACACAGACAUCUCCACAGAGCAGGAGGAGGAGGAGUACUUCGCCAAGGUGCUGCACAAGUUCAACAUGACCGAAAAGAACGACACUGGGACCACCAUGUCCUCCACAAGCAUCCCGAUGUUCUUCAACAUCUCUGAGUUACGGCAAAGUGUGGGGGAUUACCGCUUGCUGACCAGUGCAGAGCUGCGGAUGUUUAUCAAGCACACCUCGAUACUAGAGAAGCAGCGGGUGGAGCUGUACCAGGGUCUGGGCACAUCGCCCCACUACCUCGCUUCCCGCUUCAUCACCAACCAUUCGAAAGAGAAAUGGCUGUCCUUCGAUGUCACUGAGACCCUGCAGAUCUGGCUCAAAGGGACCGAGGAUGAGCAGGGUUUCCAACUGCGGCUGUUCUGUGAAUGCGGCCUGGCAAAGGCCGAGGUCUUCGGUUUUACCAUCUCUGGGAUCGAGACUGGUAGGGGAGACAAAGGACCGUUAAAAAAGAUGACAAAGCAACCACCCUACAUCCUGACCAUGUCCAUCCCUCAGAACAGCAGCAGCCACCUCACCUCCCGCAAAAAACGCUCCACGGAGACGAAGGAUACCUGCACAGCCCAGACGGAGACCUGCUGCGUGCGGAGCUUGUACAUCGACUUCAGGAAAGAUCUGGGCUGGAAGUGGAUACACAAGCCGACGGGCUACAAUGCUAACUACUGCAUGGGGUCCUGCACCUACAUCUGGAAUGCUGAAAACAAAUAUUCUCAGAUUUUGGCCCUGUACAAGCAUCACAACCCAGGAGCCUCUGCCCAGCCCUGCUGUGUUCCACAGGCACUGGAGCCACUGCCAAUCCUCUACUACGUGGGCAGGCAACACAAGGUAGAGCAGCUGUCCAAUAUGAUCGUGAAGUCUUGCAAGUGUAGCUAAAAAACACAGCAUGGCACACUGCUCUGCCUCUGUGUUUGAGACCACAGAGAGGAGCAUACGAUGGAGAGAAAGGGGACGAGAAUAAUGUGGACGAGGGGAACAAAAUAUUUAAAGUCAUCAGGAUCUUUGUGGUCCACCUUUCCUCCUGCGAGCUCCACCAUUAUCAUGCUGAACGCACAUCAAACCGUGGACUUCUUUUUAUAGAUAUUAAAGAUAUCAUUUUCUAUGUGUAUAUACUUUUUCCUUGCAGUAGUACAAAUUUCUGUCUUGAAAUGAAUUUAUUUAUUUGUUGGAUGGACAGAUCUGUAAAGAAGUGAUAUACAUGUAUAAAAGUGUGUCAGUUUGACAUGGAAAAAGAUUUAAAUGAUUUAUAAAACCCCUGAAAAAGGUGGAUAAAGGAUGCAAAAGGACAUGAGGACCAAAAAGACCUCGAUGGAAGAACACUUUUAUUUUCCCAGGUGAUUAUCCGGGACAUUUCUGUUAUUUCUACAUCAUCUCCCUAACGAGGUCAGAGUUCAAGAUGCUAAAUCCCAGGUAUGGAAAACAGCGUUUGUUGGGGUUUUCAUGGACGAUAAUUCCACAGGUGUUUUUGGAGAGAGUUGCACCAUAAAGGACAGCAGACAGCCGCAGGGACAGUCCGACCUGGGGAAACUCCCUCUGACUGAGAGGCUGGAGUCGUCAGCCAGCUGAGCAUCAUUUCACACUAACCGUCUAUCGGUUUCACUUGCUUUGUUUGUUUUUACAGCCCACAUGAUUUAUACAAUUCCUUUUUUGUGUUCAUAGUUGAAUGUCAGUUUGUCCUUAUGAAGCCUCCUGUGCUGUCAAAGCCAUGAGUAAUAUCAGUGGUUGUAAGAGUGAUGACACCAUGUUUUUCUCCCUCUCAGGAUUUACAGCCAGCUUUUUGUCUUUAGAUGGUGAGGGUCAGGGGAUGUGGUUGUGGUGUUGGUUUUAGGGAAGCCAUAUAGACUCAAUACACACAUUUGCUGUUUGUUUUUUAACGCCAUAGUGAAUUAGGGGCAAUUUAUUGCCUUUUAUUUCUGGACAGGUAUUUUACUUUCAUCUGAAGUGUGAUGCUUUUUGCACAACUCAAGAAUGAAUUCAGCUUGUUUUACAAAUGUUUUAGUUUUUUAAACAUAUUUCUUAUAGUGCACUUACCAUUUGAAAUGUGUUUUUGUAAAUAUUUUACCAAUUUCAAAUAAACAUUGAUGUUAAAUUAU